AUGGGCAGCACAGGGUGCCGCGCAAACCUCCACAGCGUCGCCUCCGCAUACCGACUAAACACGGUGGCCGAGGGAUGUCAAAUCGAGUUCUUCGAUAACACCAUGUGCGAUGCGACCGAGACCUCCGAUAUCGCGGGACCGAUAAGCAGCACGGGAUUCUGUCGAGUGCCGGAACUCGCCCGGCGCUACGGGUCUUAUCAGGUCACUUGUGAAGAGAAGGGCGAAUUGAAAUAA